GUUUUGUGCGCUUCUGUAUGUGUGUGAAAUUAUUGACGGCAAAAACAGAAACCAAAAAUUAUACCCCCUCCCCCUCCGUUCUCACCCAACAAGAAAAUAGAAAACAAGUUACCAAGUGGGAGUUGAUUUUUAAACUGGUCAUUUUGAAAUUGUAUUCUAACACGCACACACGCACGCACACACACACACACACACACACACACACACACACACCUAGGCGUGCGUGCGUAUGUGUGUAUAUGUGGACGUAUCUGUCUAUGCGUUGAUACAUGUGAUUACACACGAUUUUUUUUUUGUUCAAUCUUCCUGUUGUCCCAAUCCUGAACAGAUCCUGGGCUUCCACAUCACUAGCUCUGAGUGUUUCUGAAUUUAGUGAAAAGCGAAGAGAUUAAGGAAUCUUCGUUCAUAAAACUAAUCCCAUUGACCUACCGAAAUUGUUUGAGGUUUUUAAGUAAUGGAGUAUCUCUAAUAUAAAUUCACAAGAACGGAUCAAUUCAAGGGAUACAUUUUGACUAUAUACAACAGUUGUCUUCAGUCAAAGCAAAUAAAUAUGUCUGGAAAAUUCUUUUGGCUAUUGACUCUAAGUCUUUCGAUCACUUUGUCCUUCAGCCAAAACACAAACAAACCACCAGUAUGGAGAAACUACUUAAAAAAACUUCUGACAGAAGACGGCUUAUUUGAAAAUUUGGAAUUAGGUACCAUAUUAGGACAAUUAGAUGCCUAUGACCCAGAAGGUGCAGAUAUUACUUACGAAUGUAUCGGGGAGUCUGUUGCCUGUUAUGAAAACGGAACCGUUUAUUUGAAACGACGUCUGGACCGAGAGCUUGAUAUAAAGAACCCCGGUCAAAAUGAAAACCUCUUGGAAGUAAUAUUUAUUGCUACCGAAAAAAACAACGGUGACCAGGAACCCAAUCAGAAUAAAAAAACAUUAGUCAUUUACGUUAAAGAUGUUAACGAUAAUCCUCCGAAAUUCAAAGGUCUUCCUUACAAAACGGCAGUUUCUGAAUUGGUGAGAGUUGGAACAACCAUUUUCAAUAAACUGUUUGUUGAGGAUAUUGAUUCUGGAGAGAAUGCUGAAAUUGACCUCGUUUGUGGUCGAACGGGUAUCCAGGCAUCACUUGCUUGUGACCACUUUUCAAUAACAACGAAACGUGAACCAAACUUCAUUGAGGGUAAAUACUUCGGGGAGAUAGUUGUCAAAAAAUCCCUUGAUUAUGAAAGUGCACCGUCUUAUAUUAUGACAAUAUUGGCAACAGAUCGUGGUAAUCCGACUUUGUCUGCCUCAGUCAACAUAUUAAUUGAUGUUAAAGAUGAACAAGAUAUGCAACCGGUUUUCGAACAGGCUCCAUAUACUUUCUUUGUUAAAGAAAAUACCAAGAAGAAUGUCAGUGUAGGGAAUCUCUUAGCACGAGAUGGUGAUUUGAGCAACCCAAGACCAGUGGUAAUUUCUAUUGUUGGUGGUAGUGAUGUACAUUUCCGAGUUGGAAAUACUGUUCCCCAUCUUGGUAAAACUUUCAAAGCGGCUUUGAUUUCAAAUGGUAAUCUCGAUAGAGAGUCAUCUACAGGACGUUACAGAUUAAACAUUAGCGUGACAGAGCUUUCCAAUGGUGUUCCUGACCAAACAGCCAUGGCAUAUUCCUAUGUCAACAUUGAAAUUCUUGAUGAUAAUGAUUUCCCGCCAAUCUUCCAGAAAACUCUAUAUAACAUGACCAUUCCGGAAAACACCAGAUAUAAUGACAAUUUCACCAUUAUUGGCACACCCAUGUUCGUUUAUGAUAAAGACUCAGGUAUCAAUGCCAUGUUUUCAUUACAAAUUGUUUCGCAAAGUUUCCCUGGAGUUUUUGGUUUGUCAACAGACACUGGAAUUAAAUCUGCAGUCGUUAAUCUUGUGCUUUUAAAACCGCAAAUGUUGGAUUAUGACAUUCCAAAAUACCGGACGCAAUUAGUUGAGAUUUUGGCUCAGCAAACAAACAGCACAAAAAUUCUGAAAUCUUCAACAGUGGUUUAUAUAAAUCUAAUGGAUGAGAACGACAAUGCUCCCGUCUUUCAAAAGCCUAUCUAUAAAGCUUCUUUGCCAGAAAACUCACCAGUCGGAACCACUGUACUCACAUUGCUUGCCACUGAUAUAGAUUCUGGAAUAAAUAAGAAAAUAGUCUACAAACUGAAUGGGCAAGGAAGUGACUUUUUUUCAGUGAGCAGUGAUGGCGUAGUGACUUUGUUGAAGGGCCUGGAUUAUGAGAAACAGCGUACUUACAAUCUUCUGGCGAUUGCUGAAAACAUAGGCAAAGGAAGACAACUGGACUCUGUGGAAGUGGAAGUCCAGAUAACGGAUGUGAAUGACAAUGGUCCUGUUUUCCAGCACCAACCUUAUACGUCCGACAUAACGGAAAACGCAACAACCUUACAACCACCGAUAAAAGUCUCAGCAACAGACAAAGAUUCCAACUCUGUGAUGACUUACAGCAUCAUUGGUGGAAAUACCAAAGACAAUGCAUUCAGGAUUGAUAGCAAGACUGGUCAUAUUACAGUUGCACGGCCCAUAAUGAUGGAAGAUGCGCCACAAAACUCCAGCACAAUAUUUCUGAAGAUAUUGGCAACAGAUAAUGGUGUUAACGUUCAAUCAUCCUCAACUUUGGCCACUAUCAAUAUAUUAGAUAUCAACAAUAACAGUCCAGAAUUCCUACUUCCGCCAUAUGAGGUGACUGUGAAAGAAUUUUUACCUGGUGGAACCUCCGUGCUCACUGUGCAGGCAGUUGAUAAAGACAUUGGAUCCAAUGCCCAAAUUACUUACAGCAUUAAAAGUGGCAGCUACGAUAAUUUUGAUAUCGAUCCACGUAGUGGCAAGAUUUAUGUAACGUCUCAAGCGGUGCUGGAUUUUGAUGUGUAUAGCAAAUACAUUAUGCAGGUGAUUGCUGAAGAUCAAGGAACCCCAAGACUGACCGGCAGCACGAAUGUGAUCAUAAAUCUCGAGGAUAUAAAUAACAAGGCACCCAAGUUUGACCGCUCCGAGUAUAUCAAAACAGUUGAUGAGAAAUCUCCUUUGGAUAGCAUUAUUUUGAGAAUCGUUGCCACUGAUAAAGACAGAAACCAUCAAAUAGAAUAUAGCCUCAACAGAAACUCUUUGGUGGCCCGGGAUGCCCAAGGGCACAAAUUAUCUACCAUUCCUAAUGAUUACAGGAAUGCCUUUGCCAUCAACAGGGUCACUGGGGAUAUCACCUUAAAGAUGAAGCUAUACCACAGUUUGGUGGCUACAAUUGCAUUUGAAGUCCAAGCUCGGGACUUGAAUGCCGAUGUUAGCAGCAGCAAUCAGGUUACCCAAGCUCGAGUCGUAAUAAUUACACAAGCAUCACAGCGAACGCAGCCUUUCUUUUUACCUGAGACACCUGGUCAAAGUAAAAAGAUAUAUGAAAUAGAAGUCCCAGAAGACAAACAGGUUGGGCUUUUGUUAACAACGGUCCGGGCAAAAGAUCCUAAAACUGAUCAGUUUGUAUCUGACUAUACUUUAGCGCCUGGUGGACAAGAUGAAGGGUUUUUUAACGUUACAAGAAAUGGUGAAGUUAUUCUCAUCAAAGAACUCGACUACGAAAAUAAGAACUAUUCAAACCCUCUCAAGUUUGAUAUAAUAGCUAUUGCUGACCCACAGCGUAAUGCCACUGCAGGAAUGGUAAUCACAGUGAAAGACAUCAAUGACAACAAACCCAAGUUCGCGAAAAAUGUAUAUUAUUUCGAGGUGAAAGAAACUACUCGAUAUCCAAAUGUUGUUGGCAAGGUUUUGGCAAGUGAUAAUGACGAAGGAGAAAACAGCAGGAUUUCCCUUUUUCUUGAAGGUCCUAACCGUAACGAUUUCCACAUCACUGAAUCCGGAGAUAUUAUCGUAAACCGUGGUGCAGAAUUAGAUCAUGAAACUAAUAAGAUUUACAAUCUUCAAGUGGUUGCCACAGACAAUCCUACAGGUCAGGUGCAUCAAAAGACAGCCGUUAAGCUGACUAUUAAAGUACUGGAUGAAAACGACAACAGGCCUGUGUUUCAACCAAGUUCGAAAUACUUAUUUAGCGUUCAGGAAAAUGCCCCUGCUGGAACGUUAGUUGGUCAAGUUACAGCUAAAGAUGAUGACUCCAAUGAAAAUGGAAGAUUAUCCUACAGUUUCAUAACAGGAAACCUUUUUAACGGAAGAAAGGUUUUUAAUAUUGAUGCAGUCACAGGAGAGAUAAAAACAGCCUUCGAUAUGUUGAAUAUUUCUACAGUAAAUUCUUUCUCACUGACUGUGAUAGCAACUGAUAACGGUCUUCGUCGUUUGAAUGCAAAAGCAAAUGUCAUAGUCAAAAUUGAAUUUUUGAUCACGAAAGAACCAAGAAUUCUUCAACCAGGACCUGGACAAAACGCAAGAGUUUAUGAGAACCAGCCAAAUGGAACUUAUGUGUUUCAAGUGGUUGCCAGAGCUCGACAAGAUUCCAAUGUUUCAUAUUCUCUUGUUUCUGGUGAAGCGAUUUCUACGUUAUUUCAAAUAGAUCCUAUUUCUGGAAUCAUAACUACAAUAGCACCUCUAGAUAGAGAGAAACAGAGCAUUUACAAUAUAGUUAUUGAAGCUGCUGACACAUUAAAUAUGAAUUACACCAGCACAAGGCAGUUGCGUGUUCUUGUACUUGAUGUCGAUGACAACAGACCGACUUUUGCUUCAUGUUCGUCGAAUCCUGAAACGAAGCAAAUCAAUGUAUUUGAAAACUCUCCGGUUAAGACUUACGUGACUCAAAUAUCUGGCUGUGAUAAAGAUUUGUUUCCAUACAAUAAAAUGGCUUAUGUUUGGGCUGACCACAAAACUUGUACUAAUACCAACAUGAACGCUUUUCUUCUGGAGCCACUAUCAGGAGUCAUAUUAACUAAUGCUUCUUUAGAUUAUGAAAAAAUUUCAAAGUAUACCUUAUGUGUGCGAGUAGUGCCAGAAUCGGAAGCUAAUUCAUCCUCUCCUAGAAUUGAGGCUGAUCAAAUACAAAAAAUAACGGUAAAUGUUCAAGAUAAGAAUGAUAAUGGUCCACAAUUCGAUGUAGAAGAAAGAUUUGCAGUGAUCUACGAUAAAUCUGAGACUGGUAAAGAAGUUGCCAAAGUGACUGGCACGGACCUUGACAGCUACCUUUAUAACAAGGUGAAAUAUACUAUUGAGAAGAUCAAAUGCAAUAUUCCUCAGACAAACACAUUAUAUUCAACUGAAAAUGCUUUUGUAAUUUCUCGUAAUGAUGGACGAAUAUUCACGAACCUACCAAACUACAAGAUAUUUGUUGGCAGUCAUUUCAUCAUCACUAUACGCGGAGAAGAUGCACUGAAUUCAAAUUAUUACAGUACAAUGAAGUUUCUGAUCUAUGUGAUCCAACCACGUCAGCAAACCAGAUUGAUUCUACCCGACAAGUUAGAUGUGAGUCAACCGAAGAGUGCAGAACUAAUUUCUGAUCUCAACAAACUGGGAAUUGGAACAUUUGUGAUCAAAGAAUUAAGCUAUCAUCAAAAGCUUGACCAAGAAGGAGACUAUUACAGAACUGCUUUGUGUUUUGUGGUGGAGAAGGACGACCAAAUGUUAUCACUGUCGCAGACUCAAGAACUAUUAAAAGAACCUGCAGCACAAAAUGUUUUGAAGAUUUAUACAACAUCAUUAGAAGCUGGUUCUUGCAAACCUGAGACGACGCGUGCUAGCAGCUGGUCACCCAUGUGGUGGGUGCUGGUAGCAUUUGCAAUAUUCAUUUUCAUAUGCUGUAUCAUCCUCAUCAUUGCUCUGUUCCUGCUUUAUAAAAACCAUAAGCACUUCAUGGACACAGAAAAAACCAGUUUAUUGAAUUAAUCCAGAAACGUUUCGAUGAUCAAGCACUGUUUGGAUUUGGAUGAAAUAUGAAUGCAUAUCGACCGACUUAAGUUUCUUGAAAAGAAAUGUGGAAAACAGAAAAAUUAUUUAAGUGAAUAAAUCUCACUAAUUUUGCCGAACUGAUUUUAAUAGUUAACAACCUUUAAUUCAGAAUAACUUGUUUCUGAGAUGUAAAGGGCCAAUAAUUGUGACGAAACAAGAAGCGGUUGAGUAAGUUUUGGUGAGGGUUAAAUAAAUACUUUUAACUAACUUGCAGGCCAAAUCAUCUGAGCCUUUCAAUUUACUUUGUAAAUAGUCUGCAUUGUUUAAUAUUAAAAUGAAAAGAAAACCAAACAUUACACACACACACACACACACACACACACACACACACACACACACACACACACACACACACACACACACACACACACACACACACAGUUGUAGAAAUGAAUUACAAAUGAUUAGACCUGCUGCAAUGAACAUACACUAAAUAUGCAUUGGUUUUAAGAAAUGGAUUUUAGUUUAGUGUAUGCAUAUUUAAUUAUCACAACAUAAAAAAAAAUGCCUUUACUAUUUUGCAAUUCCUAAUAUAAAUUUACAUGUACGGGUCGUUGAGCGUCUUAGCCAUAGACAUAGAAUAGACAUAGACAUAGACAUAGAAUAGACAUAGAAUAGACAUAGACAUAGACAUAGAAUAGACAUAGAAUAGACAUAGACAUAGCCAUCGACAUAGAAUCAUUGUUGACGUGAUACAAAUCGUUUCCAAUGUUUUAGUCAUAUGGAAACAGAGGUAAGGGGAUGAAAGGCAGAAACGGGAAUAUGCUGGAUUGGAGAGCUUACAAUAUUCAAUCUUAAUUUGGGAGUUAAAUUCCUGCUUGAGUCAACACUGCAUUUCCUAGCCCUAUCUGCCGUCAAUCAACUACACAUCUCAGUGUAGCAGAAAUUUAGAUUUAAUUGAAUAUACUAAUGUGAGAAAUGUGAGACAUUUCUAACAUUUGAUCGUGAAUUCAGUGGAAGGUGGUUAUAUUUCACCCAGUAUUUCAAAGAAAGACGAGAUUGGAGGGCUUUGAAAUCUGAAUCAAAACUAAAUAUUGUAAGAUAUUUUUCUCCAAACACUCUUCUGUCAAUUGAUAUGAGAAAAAUCAAUGUUAUAAGGAGAGAUAAGGCGGCAAAGCUGGCAGAAUCUUUAGCAUGCCAGGUGAAAUGCUUAGCGGCGAUUCGUCUAUCUUCCAAAUUCUGCCGAGGUUGACUUUGCCAUCCAUCAUUUCAAGGUUGAUAAAAUAUGUACCAGUUGCAUACUAGGGUCGAUGUAAUCAACUUACCCACUGUCUCGAAACUAUUGGCCCUGUGCCAAACUUUGAAAUCAAUAUUACAAAGAAAGAUACAACUGACGAGUUUGAUAGGUUUUUUUCAAACACCCAAUCGUAUCCCAACACGGGCAGGUCCAAGUUGGUGGCUCAAACCAACUAAUUUUAUUUAUGGGUCAUAAAUAAAUGAAGAUCACAUUGCAAGAUUCGGAGGAAUUGUUUAAUUUUUUUACAAAUGCAUUGGAAACCCUUUCCUAGACCUUCAUGAAUAACCAUUCUCACUUCAGCUGUAAAAAACAAACUAACAAACAAAUAACGAAUAACACAUAACAAGGAAAUUACUAUAUUAUCUUUUCAUGAGAAAUAAAAGAAUAAAGUUCUGUUUCUGUAGCUUAAGGACCAAUAGAUCUCAAGAUAAGACAUUAUCUCAGAAAAAUUGCUCAUCACUAUUCUCCAGUUAUAUAAAUCAAAGAACUAAACCUUAGGAAGAUACGAAGCUCAUAAACAACCAGUAAUCCAGGACAUAAUCUACAGCAUGAAAAUUACAAAAUUAAAUAAAUUAUAACAAAAAAAAAACAAAAAACCUCAACUAUUUUCUUCAUGGAUUUUCACACUAAGAGAAUAUUUGUGUUUUAGUAUAAUUUUUUCUUUGCACUGAUAAAUUUACCUUUGAAUAUUCUUGUUAUAUAUUUGUAAAAUCUUUCUAUUUUGUUGAUAAAAUACUAAUUAAAAAUGAAGAAAUUAUAAUUGAUGAAAUAUUAAAACUUACAAGAAUUUGAUAACUUAUGGCAGUAUUUUAUUUUUGUGAAUAAAAUUUCUAAUUACA